AUGUCCGGCCUUCCCGUCCUUUGCGACAGGCCGCGCAUCACCAUAUUAAUCAAUGCUCGCGACGGAGAGCGAGAACACGAGCCUCUCACCUUAGAUCUCCCACCCGGCCUCACCCUCGGCGACCUCAAAGGCUUCGUACAGGCCGAGACGAGCUUCCCGACGUCCGGCCAGCACUUCUACCUCAACGGCCGGCUGCUCACAAGCGAUCUCCAAACACUAGAAGACGCCGGCAUCACCGAUGGCGAGAUGCUAGCUUUGCUCCUCAACGAGCCCCAACAGCAGACUGAACCCCGACAACCACAAGCGCGUGGACAACAGCUACAAGACAACGACAUGGCACCGCGGAGCCGCCGCGGCGAGCCAAACAACGAUGAAGUUGAGACGAUGCGGUUACGGAUGCUGGGCGACGCGCCUGCUCGGGCGCAGAUGAUGCAGCGGAUGCCCCAGCUGGGGUCCGCGAUCAACGACCCCGUCCGCUUCAGAGAGGUAUGGCUGGCCAUGAUACGCGAGGAUGAGGCCCGGAGGCGGGAGCGGCAAAACCAGAUCGAGCUGCUGAACAACGACCCCUUCAACAUCGAGGCUCAGCGCAAGAUCGAGGAGAUCAUCAGGCAGGACCAGGUGACUGAGAACCUGAUACAUGCGUACGAGAACAACCCCGAAGUCUUCGGCCGCGUGAGCAUGCUCUACAUCAACGCCGAAGUAAACGGCCGGCCCGUGAAAGCCUUCGUCGACUCCGGCGCCCAGGCGACCAUCAUGUCGCCCUCGUGCGCCGAAGCCUGCGGCAUCAUGCGGCUAAUCGACAGGCGCUACUCCGGCGUCGCCAAAGGCGUCGGCACCGCCACCAUCCUCGGCCGCGUGCACCACGCGGAGAUCAAAAUCGGCGACGCCGUCAUGCCUUGCGCCUUCACCGUCAUGGAGGGCAAGGACGUGGAUCUGCUCUUCGGCCUCGACAUGCUGAAGCGCUACCGCGCGUGCAUCGACCUCGACAAGGGAUGUCUGCGCUUCCAGGGCGUGGAGGUGCCCUUCCUGCCGGAGAGCGAGAUCCCGAAGGGGUUUGAGGAGGCCAUGGAGAGCGAGCCCGCGAUCUCGGGACCGGCGGGGACGGAGAUCGGCGCCAAGUCCGGGGCCGUGAAACCGGCGGGGACAUCGGCGGCGGCGACCGAGGCGUCGAGCUCGCAUUCGGCGCAGACGCAGCCGUCCGCGCAAGCGCAGCCCCAGCAGCCGCCGAUACCCCAUCGCCAGCAGCAGCACCUGCUGCGCGGAGCCUCUGCGUUCCCGCAGCAGAGUGUAGAGCAACUGGUGCGGCUCGGCUUCUCGCCCCAGCAGGCGCUCGAGGCCUUGAGGGCAACGGACGGCAACGUUGAAUAUGCCGCCAGCCUCCUUUUCCAGGGCUGA